AUGGCGCCGCCGCUGCUCUGUGCUACCGACCACGCUGGUUCGCCACCGGGCACCGUGUGUCGCGACCCAUAUGCAACCGAUGGCCGGCUGCCGCGACCAGCGUCCCCCCACCUCGUCAGCGCAAACCGCGACCCAUGGAGCCUCCCGUUCGUCUCCGUGUUGCUCCUCCGCCAGCGCGCCACCCCGGAGCUUCUCCUCCCGCCCGUUCCCCCGUGCUGCUCUCCACCUGCGCGCCCACUCCCAAGCUGCUCCUCCGCCGACACGCCCAACCCCCGAGCUUCUCCUCUGCCGGCGCGCCCCACCGCCGAGUUGGUCCUUCACGGGCGCUCCCGUCCGGGAGCUGCUCCACCGUCAGCGCGGCCUGCUCCUGAGAAGGUCCUCCGCAAGCGCGACCGUGUGGAAGUUGCUCUCGGGCACGGCCCUGCCCCUGCAUCAACGGCCAAAGUGGAGGCUCCUCCCGGCUGGCGCUCAUGCUCACAUCCACCGUGA